GAGAGAGAGAGGAGGGCGCGCAUGUCCAGUUCCUCCAUGCAGACUGUUCUCCCAGCUCGCCAAUCAUUCUAGCGAGUUUCCCCACUCUUUCUCUCUAUCCCCGUCUUUACAUGUGCACCGGACGCACAGCUCUCUCCCGAGCGGACACUGCAGGGGAAGAAACGAGCGAGCCCACCAUGGAAUAGGAAUACUGCUGGACCAAACGGGGGAAAGAACUCUCUCAUCUUUCUUCUUUUUUUCCCCUUUUUUCUGACGCCUUUCCCCCUCUCUCGCAUCUCCCCCCUCUCUCCCUCUCUCUCGAUGUCUCUCAACAGUUUCUGAAGGGAUUGAAGGAAAGAAAAAUGAGGAUUAUUAUUUUUUCUUGGCACUUUCUCGGGGUGUAUUCCGCCCUUUGGGGGCUGGCGACGGGGGCUUUCCCCAGCUCAGUGCAGAUAGGGGGGUUGUUCAUUAGGAAUACUGAUCAGGAGUAUACAGCGUUUCGACUAGCUAUCUUCCUUCACAACACCAGCCCUAAUGCUACAGAAGCUCCCUUUAACCUGGUCCCACAUGUCGACAAUAUAGAGACCGCCAACAGCUUCGCCGUCACCAAUGCAUUCUGUUCUCAGUAUUCGAGAGGGGUCUUCGCCAUCUUUGGCCUUUACGACAAGCGCUCAGUGAAUACGCUGACAUCGUUCUGUGGGGCCCUGCACAUCAGCCUAGUGACGCCCAGCUUCCCCACUGAAGGAGAGGGCCAGUUCACCCUGCAGCUCCGGCCAUCCAUCAGAGGGGCUUUACUGUCACUGUUGGACCACUACGACUGGAGCCGAUUUGUCUUCCUCUAUGACACAGACAGAGGUUAUGCAAUACUGCAGGCAAUUAUGGAGAGAGCGGGGCAGAACGGCUGGCAGGUGAGCGCUAUCUGUGUGGAGAGUUUCAAUGAGGCAGCAUACCGCCGACUCUUAGAGGACCUGGACCGGCGUCAAGAGAGGAAAUAUGUCAUUGACCUGGAGCCUGAGAGACUACAGAGCAUCCUAGAACAGGCUGUCAGUGUGGGGAAACAUGUAAAAGGUUACCAUUACAUCAUAGCAAAUCUGGGUUUUAAGGACAUAUCUCUUGAGAGGUUCAUGCAUGGCGGGGCCAAUGUGACUGGUUUCCAACUGGUGGACUUCAGCAGGCCCAUCGUCAUUAAACUGAUGCAGCGCUGGAACAAACUGGAUCAGAGAGAGUAUCCUGGAUCUGAAAGUCCACCUAAGUAUACCUCAUCUCUAACGUAUGAUGGCGUCCUUGUUAUGGCCGAGGCCUUCCGCACCCUUCGCCGUCAGAAAAUUGAUAUCAGUCGCCGUGGCAACGCUGGCGACUGCCUGGCGAAUCCUGCUGCUCCCUGGAACCAAGGAAUAGAUAUGGAGCGUGCCCUCAAACAGGUGCGCAUUCAGGGCCUGACUGGGAAUAUUCAAUUUGAUCACUACGGGCGGAGGGUCAACUAUACCAUGGACGUCUUUGAACUGAAGAGCAAUGGACCACGCAAGAUUGGCUACUGGAACGACAUAGACAAGCUUGUGUUGGUCCAGAAUGAAAAUGCUCUGUCCAAUGACAGUUCAGCAAUGGAAAACCGGACAGUAGUCGUGACAACCAUCAUGCCUCUGAUGAUGAGGAAGCCUCUGCUGCGACACUGAUGCCGGGUCUGCAGACAGAGCAACAGACUGAAACACACACACACCUGAGUCGCAAACCCUUGGGAAAGACAGAGGACAGACAGACUGACUAAAGCAAACAAAGACUCAGUGUGCUCUGUUGAUGAUUUGUUGUUAUGGCUUUUUUCUUUAUGUAUAUUUUGUAGAAAAUGUGUUUUUCUGUUGUUUUUUUUAUUAUUAUUUCUAUGUUUAGAAGUGGUUUAGUCUGCAUUACCACAGCAACAGUGACCAAGAGGGACUGAACAGAUGUCUGUGAGGCACUGGGAUGCCUUACCGACUGUGCUCCUGUCUUCCUUUAUGACAAAAGCCACAGUUGGGACGGGAGCUCUGCGAGGGAUUCUGUGGCCACUGUCAAGAUUUGAUAUUUGGCCACACAAAAUCACCCGACCAUCAGACAGCCCUGUUAAUUCAGAUUCUUUUCAUUCUUUCUGAGGACACUACAGUCACCACCACCUUCCCUGUAACACCACAGAGCACCCGCAGAAAAAAUUACCUCACAAAAAUGUAUAAUUUUUCCAUAUUUUAAAAUUUUUUCUGUGUGCUUUUUUCUUUUUUUUCCAAGCUAAGAUGUGGGAGGAGAGUGAUACAUGGACAGGUCUUCGUGUCAGUCCUGCAUUUCGUAGUCCUCACCUUUUGAUACCACUCUCUCUCCAUCCUCAUCUUUCUGCUCCGUCACUCCGUAAAUCUACUCAGUCAUGCUUACUCGGUCAGCUGUCCUCUACCGUGUUUCAGCUCCUCUGAGAGCUCUACACCUGAAUGGAAAUGUAUUCAACACUAGGGGCGCUUGUCUGAAGCACAACAGAUCCCCACACUUCACAUUAAAAUGGCACCAUUACAAAUGUUUGAAAUUGUCUAUAAUUUAACUUUCACUCUAGCUUUGUAGCUGCACUUUACAUGUUUUAUUACUUUAAUUACACUGAUACUGGCAUUAUAAAUAUCCUGAAAGAAAUUAGAUGGGAUAUAUACAGUUUAUACACAUACACACCUAACGAAACAACCACCCUGAACACCUUUAAUAAAUGCAAGCACAUAAGCUCACACACUAUAAGAAGUACAUGUAUAUACAUACAUAUUUACACAAACACAACCUAUAUUAGCAAAGUGGAUUGAUGGCGAUUGAUUGUUAAGCCUGUUGGCAUUUGCCUUUAAGUACUUGCUGUACUUGGUAACAUAGCCCUUGAGGAUAUGACAGUCUCUUGUUUAUGCGUUUGCUUUGGCCUCAGUUAACCGCAGCAUACAAAUUGCUCCUUUAACAACUUAUUUAUUUUAAUUGGCUUUAGAAUAAAUAUGUAUAUAUCGAAUCAAUUAAAUUUGCCUUUACAUUUUUUUUUAUUUUCUGUGAGUGAUGGAUUAUCAAAAAGUACAGCAUGCUAUCCAACAAGGCUCUUCAUCAGGAUGCAGGACUCUCAUACACAAAGCUGAAGAUGGCAAAUUGAUAUUAAGGAGCUACAUUAUUUAUGUGAUCGUAUAAAGUAGGUCGAAUUACAUAAACAGAAGACAAAAUAUGCAAGCAUCUGAAAAUGUUGGCUUUGGAGAAAUAUAGAACUAGUUCAGCCAAAAUGGUGACUUAUGAAAAGUAUUGUGGAUGCUGGUUGGCUGGCUGAUGGCCUGUGUGGCUGGUGAAUCAUUGGUUAGACUGAUAACAAUGCACGCUUUUGGCCAGCUGGUUUGUUACCUGGUGGACUGACUGCUAUUAGUCACCUGUUUAACCUACAGGUGACUAAUAGACUGGCUGACUGACUGACAAGUGGUCACUGGUUGACUUGUUAACUGACUGCUGAACUGCCUUUGCUCUCUUUAUGGCUGAAUAGCUAGGAGAUAAUCAUGCUGACUCACUAAUAUGUGACUGGAUAGAUGAUUAGUAGUAGUGUAAUUGCAGUAAUUAAUAAAUUAAUGAACUGACUGACCAAGUGACGGACCAAAACAGGCUGUGACUAACCAACUGCCUGGCUUGCCUCUCUCUGGCCAUCUGAAUGGACGCCUCGCAGGCUAAUUAAAUGUCUUGGUGGUUGGCUAACGCAUUAUGUGACAGUCAGACUUUUUAAAUGCUGAACUGACUGAGUGUCUGUUUUAGACAGUUAGGUGACUGUCCAGUCGGGUGCCUGUUUUCACUGGCUGGCUAAAUGGCUUACAUAGCAAGUCCUGUCUGCCUUUUUGGCUCCAGUGUGAAGUGUUUCAUGUCUUAUCAGCUCAAACCAUUUGCUUCUACAAAGCCGUUCCCCCUCUUUCACCCAUCCAUUUUCCCUCUUUAUGUCUGUCUUUUCAUCCUAUCCCUUCUCUUGCUUUCUGCCUCUUUUCCCCCUAAUUUUUCACAUUGUCAUAUUCCCUCUUUCUCUUUAUCUCUCCUUCACGCUUUCCUUUUUUCUGUUCCUAUCUAUCCUCUAUUCUCCCUGUAGCUAUCGCUGUUUGUUUUCUGAUCUGCUCCUUCAUCUUUCUUCUAUAGUUUCAUGCAGCCAACACACCCCACAUCCCUCUCUCCAUCUGCGCCUUCUAUUUCUUUACCAUGCACUCCCUCCCCUUAUUCCUUACAACCCCCUGGUCUUUGCUCCAUCUCCUUACUUUUUCACCUCCCGUUUCUUGCCAUGCCCAUGAUGCUUUCUUCCCAGCAGUAAAUACAUGCACUAACAUCCAGCACACACAAACACACUCACACACAGAAUUGGCAUUACCACCUUCACACUGAGACAAAGGCAUCUGGGGCAAACUGAUAACAAACCUUAAGGAGACUUUAAAGUGAAACCGUUCCACUGUUGGCAGAGCUCCCACUGGUAUCUCUUUGUGUGUUCUUGCUUACAUAAUACUAAAUUAACCCUUCACUAAAAUGAAGUAACCUGCUCUGAUUUCAAACACUUGACCUUCUCACAAACCAGAGGGUAAUUUGAUUGCCUAAGAUGAUUGUGUACUUUCCGUGUUAACACAACUUAAGUAAAUGAUUCCCCUUGAGAUUUAAUGAUUUAAGAUGAAAAGUGAAGCAAAACACUUAGCUUAGCUUAGCAUAAAGACUGAAAACAGGGGGAAACAGUCAGCUUUGAUAUGUCUGAAUGCAAAAAGAAUCUGGCUGCCAGCACCUUGAAUGCUCACUGACUAACAUGUUAAAUCUAAUUUGUUAACUCCAUUUGGAAAACAAAACAGACAACCCUUUAAAAGUUAUAUCUCUGAAUGAGAAUUGCUCAAUUAAUCCGUGAAUAAGAUUACUGUAUAUUGUGAUAAUCCUUUCUAUCCAUUACAAUAGAUAAGGAUCUCUGUACAAAGUUGGCCCAAAACUUUUCAUUUAAAUCGUUCCACAUUUUUGAAUUUGUGUCCAAAACGAAUUUGCCCAGUGCUACAGCCUUUUAUUGAUUUUUAAUGAAUAUAAUCACGUUCAUCUGGUUCCAGCAUUAGCACCAUUUGUUCUUUUCAGCUUGCUUUGAAAUGUCCAAAUAGUCUCUGAUUGCCUUUGUCAAGCCUAUUUUACUUUAAUUCUGUAGAAAGUUUCUGUUUUAUCUUUGUCUUUGUGUUCAAAAUUAGUUAUUUUCAUUUAAGCGUGCAACUAAAUUUCCAUUUCUUCAUCACCUGAAGAAAUGUGCCAAAUAAUAAUAAUAAUCUUUAUACAAGUUUCCUCACAAACUAUUCGGUGGGAAGUCAAUGUCAUGCCAGGUCGAAAACUGUCAAACUUGGGAUUUCAAAACUUUAGAAAUGUUGAUGUAAAUUAGAUGUAAACGGUAAUUAGGUUACAACAUUGGUGUCCUUUAAAACAUGGUUUUCAGCUCACAUCUUCAUUUCCUCUUGUCUGUAUCCCUGCUAUAGAGCAGUCCUCGUGGCGGUGUUGAUCUAUUAGAGGAUUAGAGGAUCUAUUGCUGUUCAUUAACAUUAUGAUUCAUGUUGAGUCAAUGGAAUGAGAGCCCCGGGACCUGCUAAUGUUCCCAAUAAUGACAUUUUAGGAGAAAUGUUUUUGUAUGUUCUGACAUUGAACAUAACAGGGACCAUUGUUGUAUUCGAUGAUGGGGAUGAUGUUGGUGAUAAAAGAGUAAAGUGUUUAGCAUAAAUUAAGAACUGAAUUUCCAUAUCCGUGGUUGGUUUUGGAAGAAAUGUAUUUUGUUGUCACAAAUACUGAUGACUGAAUAAUGGUUUGUAAGAAAUGUGAUAAUGCGAUACUUGGGGUAUUUUUUUUUUUUUUUUCUUUCUUUCUUAAUGUGUGAUUCUCACCUUUUAUCCCUAAUAUAUUGUGUGACAACUGCUGGAACUGUGGCUAAAUACUUUACAGUGCUUACAAACCAUUUGAUAAUGAUAUCUCUCUGGAUUUAGAAACAGGAAGGAUCUACAGCCAGGCUAGCGGCUCUUUGAGGCUGUACUUUGGCACAGCAGUGCUUUGAGCUAAAUGCUCAGAUCAGCAUGCUAACAUGCUCAAAAUGACGAUGAUAGCAUGUUGAUGUGUAAUGUGUGUUGAAAAUGUUGUUAGUUUAGGUACAUAGUUAUUAAUAAAAAUACUGGACAACUACUUAACAUAAGUAAGAGCACUUCUACAAGAAUGGAUCAUUUUUACAUCUGGAUAAAUGUAAGCCCAUUGAAUAACCAUAUUAAAAAAGAGCAUUUCUGUCUAUAUUACCUUUCAGUCAUAUGCAAAUACGCAAGGAAUUUAUUUCCAGCUCUCUGUUUACUGAAGCUAAAGAGAAUCAAUGUAUAAAUCCAGCUUCCCUUUGUAGGUUUUCUUUGUAUAGUUCAGUUUCCACUCUAAGAUCUUUUUUUAAAUCCCACUUUCUGCCUGCCUAUGAUCUAAACUAGCUUUCAAUGUAUUUCAAUUUCCUGGAUUUGAAGAUUGCUCUGUCGAUUCCCUCCAAAUCUGUAUGUGAGUGAUUUUAUUGCUCAUUUAACCCCUUUCAAAACAUGUCCGUCAACAAUCCUCUUUGAUUAAACUGUACUUGUUUUCAAUGUGAAUCAAUUUCCUGAAUGAAGAAUUCAAUCCAAAAUAUGUUAUCAUUUUGUAUUGUGUUUUAUGAUCCUCAUAAAUCGUUUCAUAGCUUGGGAGUGUUGGAUAUUAUAAAAGCCUGUUUGAUUAAUUAGAUGAGAUUAGUCUUUGAUUAAAAAGGGUUUGAUAGCAUUUUAAUUGGCUUGGUUUCAGCCGGAUUACAGGGUGAGCAGCCUCAGGCAUAAUACCAUAACUCACUGCUCCUGAUGGAUGCGCUGUCACUCAAAAGUCUGUGUGCCUUUCUUUUCUCUGUGGUUAUCCUGUGCAGGUGUGGUAAUGUG